AUGCCUUCCUUCUCAUCUACCUUCUCCUCUAUUUUCAAAUCCUCCAAGAAGAAGAAGACUACCAAGAAGACCUCCUCCGCCACUAUAGAGAUGUCAUCUAUCCCUACGUCUUCUAAGAAGACUACCACUACAACUGCCCAUCAUGGCAAGAAUAUCAACCACGUCAAUAAUAAUAUCAACAAGAGCGACAAUAAGAUCGCCAAGGACAACUAUAAUAAUAGGAACAACAAGACUGCCGACAAGGCUAUGAAGAGCCCCGAUAAUAACUACUACAAUAACAAUAUCACCGCCACCGCUACUGCCACCGCCACCAACAACAACAACAGAAACAAUAUGAGCGACAACGACUACAAUAAAAGUAAUAACAACAUCAUCGCCACCAACGACAGCGAGCCAGUUGAUCUUGGUAUACCUCGCAGAGGGCAGUAUGUCACCCGAGAUGGCAUCGACGUCGUAGCAGUCCUCGAGACUUGGCAUCAAAUCUAUACCGGAUGGCAGAUAGUCUCCGCUGAGUUGGAUAGAAUGGAAAAGAUGCGUGAACGUCGUUUUAUAUGUGAGUAUAUAGAUCUCUUACAUAGUAGCAAGAUAGUAAGCUAA